CCCUCCCAUCUCGGUGAAACACGCUCCAAAAGCCGUGGCUUCCGCGCAUGCCAAGCACCCGAUGCCGCCGUAGCGUGGUCUACCCCUUUCCCAGACCACGCCGGGCCGCCGUUAAAACCUCCCGUGUUUCUCUUUCGGUUUCCCACCUCAUUACGACCGACCUCCCAAACCAAACCAGCGUGCCCUCUCCUCCAUCGUAAUAGAGCCCCUCUACUGACCGAUCGGUCGGUCCAUGGCCCAAGCGCCAUUGACUCCCAGCGGCACCGAGGACGAGGAGGAGCCGCCAUCGAUGGCGCCGCACGUGCCGAGGGAGCACCGGGAGCAGCACGGCAAGGACGCACCGCCCGGGUUCGUCCCACCGAUGACUGCGGAGGACGUGGCGGCCGUCGAGGCCGUCCUGGGCUACGACUUCGCCGACAAGUCUCUCGUCGAGCUCGCGCUCACGCACGGCUCCUUCUACUACCCGUACCGCCCCGGCGACACCUACGAGCGCCUCGAGUACCUCGGCGACGGCGUCCUCACCUGCCUCAUGUCGCGGGAGGUCUUCCGCACCUACCGCACCCUCCCUCCCGGCCCGCUCACCAGGCUCCGCGCCGCCAACGUAGACACGGAGAAGCUCGCGCGCGUCGCCGUCGUGCGCGGCCUCCACCGCUUCCUCCGGCACAAGGCGCCGCAACUCGAAGGGCAGAUUCACAUUUUCAUAGAAGAAAUGUGCAAGUAUCCAGUUCACUCUAAUGGACUAUUGGAUCCUCCUAAAGUUCUGUCCGACAUUGUGGAAUCUCUUAUUGGUGCUAUAUACUUCGACUCUAACUUUGAUCAAGAGGAAGUUUGGCGGGUCUUCCGAAAUUUAGCUGAUCCACUUAUUAAUUUGGAGACAUUAGGCAAGCACCCUGUAAGUGAGCUCUUUGAGUUUUGCCAGAAGACUCGUCGAGGAGUGAAAAUCGUGAAAGAUGAAUGGGAUAAAAAUUUGAAGGUUGAGGUGUUGAUUGAUGGAGAGUUGGUUGGGAGUGCGACUUAUGCUCAAAAGAAGGAGAUAGCUCAGAACCGUGCUGCGAAGGCUGCUUUGGAUAAGCUAAAGGAGACAAUGGGACAGAUCGAAAGUGAACCAGCAUCAGCAGAUGUUUCCGACGAAUUAGACAUAGCUGGAAAUACUAAAAUGUCAGUGAAAUACUGAUGCAUCAUAGGUACAAUGAAUGGCCUGUUCUGACAGGUGCUUCUAUGCUUCACCAUUUUAAGAGUUGCAGAAAUUCAAAAACAGGCCAAUGGUUCACUCUUGGCACCCCUUUUAUUAAGUGCUUUACAGAUUUGUGCAACUCCUAGAGAAAUGGUGAAGCAUAGAAACACUUGGUUGGUCCUUCUACAUCGUAUUUCUAGGUUGCUAUGUAAUUAUCAAUAUUCAAACUUGUGGUCAUCAGGUAUUCAAUUUGAUUUCAAGCCUAUGAUUUUGAAGCGCA